AUGACCUUUGAUUAUUCCCAGGAAGAAGAAAAUAUUGAUUUAAUGUGUAGUGGCUCUGAUUCUUUGACAACAAACUUGCCAACUAUAAAUAUUGAAAAGAAGAAAUACAUUAAUAUUUCUAAAACAGUAAGGAAGAAAAAUUCACCUGAAAUUAGGGACACAGAACAUAAGAAAACGUAUGAAACGUCAUUAUUCCUGUCUAAAGAAGAAAAAUAUUAUGAGUUUUCACGAGAAAAAAAAGUCCAGAGAAAGAGAAAUUUACAGAUACAGCUGCACAGUAAAAGAACUGAGGGCUGUUUCUUUGACAGGAAGAAGGAAACACCUUCUAACCUCUCCCUGACAUUAUAUGAAGCAGUACCUGAAGCAUACUUACAAUUCCAAGAACUAAGUGGCCUUGCUAGAGCCUGCAAAAUUUUUAGUAAAGUUCGAAGUGGUAAGAUUUAUGUGAAUGAUUUGCCAAUGGUCCUUCAUACCUUGAAGAUUUCUAUGAGUGAUUCAGAAAUGCGGCAAAUACUAAAGACUGUUGAUAUUGAUGCAUUCCAGGACGCCUUGAAGACUUUUCAUAGGAUACAAGGUGGUAGAGUUGCCACUGCUGAAGUGGCUGAUGUUUUGGAAAGCAUGGAUGUCUCUAUAAGUCCUGAAGUAUUUGAGGAAAUUUUAAGAUAUACUUAUGUUGACAGUAAUAACAUGGUGGAUAUUGGAGAUGUUGUAUUUCGGUUGGAUGAUCUACAACAACAGUAUGAAGAUAUUGCAAUUACAGAUGGCUCAGUUGUGGAUGAAGAUACUUUAAGUAGAAGAGUAUCAACUAUAUCAGGACAAUAUGAACCAUAUAGGAAGAAAUCCAGUUUACUUUCCAGAUCAUUUGACCAUUCACUAUCAAAAAGGUUAAAUAUAGUCCCUCCUGAAUAUCAAAGUAAAAUUUUGAAAGAAAAUGAUGACCUUGAACCUAAACAGUCAAAAACUUCGCCAGUAAGAAAGUUGUCAAGUGUGACUGAAAGCAAGUAUGUGGGAUUGCAGGAACCAUAUUCAAAGUAUGACAUAAAUGCUAAAAAACUUUCAGAGAAAGCUGAAAUUCAUGACUCCAAAUCUAAACCACAUAGCUUGAAAAGUACUACAAGCCUCAGUAAGUUUCUGGAUAAAAGUGAUAUUUAUAAUAUCCCAGAAUCUCAGAAGCCGGCUGUGAGAAGGCGUUCUACCAUCCUAAAACCAGUUUCAUCUAAGGAAAGAGCUCCAGUGAAUACCCUGGAAAAUGUCUUUGAAGCUAUCAGUAAACUCCAAGAAGAUUACAUUUCUCCAGAAGAACUUAAGUCUGUUUUGCCAUCAUUAGGGAUUACUUUAUCAGAUACAGUGUUCCAGAAGAUUGUGUCAGACACUCCUCAAAACGAAAAUGGAAUGGUGAAUUUAGAUGACUUUAUUAUGGCUGUCUCCAAGGAACAAAGUUUUCCUGAAUAUGAAGUGCUAACUGAUGUAAUUAAAGGUCUUGAUAAAAUUCAAGAUGACAGUGUUAAUUAUGAAGAUCUCAAGUCUUGUAUUCAAAAUUUUGGAGUUUACCUUUCUAAGCCUGAAUUUCGGAACAUCAUGGACUUGAUGAAAGUUGAUGAUGAGACAAAUAAGGUAAAUUUUAAAGAAUUUGUCAAUACCAUGAUGAACAACACGGAAUGCUUCUCUGAAAAAUUACAAUUGCUUGAUGCUAUUGAGAACCUCAACACUUUCAGCAAGGAGCAGGUGGAUGUUUCUGACCUGUGGAAUACUCUCUCUAAUAUGAAUAACAAUUUAAAAAAAGAUGAAUUCCUAGAUGCACUGAAAUUGGCAACUGUUGAUGAUGACAAAGUACAAUUUGGAGAAUUUGCAAAGAUUGUAAAGAAUCUGCAUGACACCUCCAGAUUGGAGGGGUUGCAUCAGAUUGCCUUAGCUCUUGACUCUCUUGGAGGUAACAAGAUAGAAGGAAAGAACUUGGAAAAUUUUCUAAGAAAUAUAGGGAUUAAGCUACCUAAAGAAGAAGUAGAGAAAAUUCUCCAGUCAGAUAUUGUUUCUGAAGACAACGUGAUGAAUGUUAACGACUGUGUGAAGGCUUUGAGGGACACCCAGAAAUUUUCCAACUUUAUUGAAUUUAGAAACGAGGCUAUAUCUACAAACCUGAAAUUACCAGAGGUAAAUGAAAUUAAAGAAGCUGCUGAAAUUUUGACUCAUACUGAUAAUGGUAAAAUUGCUAUAUCUGACUUGGAACAUGCCCUGAAAUGUUUGAAUGUUAAUGUAACUGAGAAGGACUUAUCUGACAUCCUUAAAUCUUGUGACAUCAAUGAUAAAAUGGAGGUAGAUUUAAAAGAUUUCUUAAUGGAAAUGAAAGAAACUCCACAAUUUCAACAGUCCAAAGCUACUCAGCUACUCUUAGCUACAGCCCAAACUGUCCAGAAUGAUAUAGUUGAUGUUUCUGAACUCAAGACGUUAUUACUGAAUGAUGGCUUUCAGACAGCUAAUUCCAUACUGACUGAAGUGUUGAAAAAUGUACCUGAGCAUGAAUAUGGCAAGGUUACAAUUCAGGAACUAAUGACUAAAUUCUGUGAUGUAUUGGCACCUCCGGAGGUUACAAGAGAAAAGUUUUAUAAUGCGGACAUUAACAGAAAUGAUCUUAAAGCUAUUCCUGACAUUCAGCAGAGAUUAAAUGCUAUAGGAAUCCACCUAAGAGAUGAUGAAAUACAGAAGUUUUUGGACAAUACUAAUCCUGAUGAUGAAGUGGUUCAGUUUAAGCAAUUUAUCCAAGAAUUGGCCAACACUGAUGAAUUUAAUGAGUGUCAAAGAAUCGAAGAUACAUGGAAUGUUGUCAAUUGUAUCGCUGAUGGAAAAAUUGAUGUCAAAGACCUGUUAUCUAUUUUGGAGUGCCUGAAGGAGAUUAUAAGUGAAGAAGACCAGCCUGCGGGGUCUGCCAUGGAUGAAAAAAACAUGGCCUUAAAAGCUAUAGUUGAUGAUCUCAUUAGUUCACCUAGUCUAUCAACACCAUUCCACAAUUUAUUUAAAGAGGUUACAACUCUUGAGAAUAUUAGGAAAAAUAAGAUGCCUGCAAGUGAACUGAGCUCCAAACUUCUGUCUUCUGGAGUUCCAGUAAGCUAUAAGACAUUGCAGGAGCUCAUGAGGCAAGCAUCUAUUGAAGAAAAUGAUGAAGUAAGCCUUGGACAACUCUUGGAGAAUUUGAAAGCAAGCAAACCAAAUCCUGUAUUAGAAGAUAUAAAAAAUGCUUUUAAUGCUGUCUACUUGAUGAACUCUGACAGAAUUCCACUUGGCAACUUAAAAGAAGCUCUUGAUGACCUAAACAUCAUUUUAGAGCCUGAAGAAUAUCAACUGCUAGAGGAAAUACUUGAUGUUGAUGAAAAGAGAGAGAUUUCCCAAAAGGCUGCCCUUUUAGCAUUGAAGAACAAUAAACGUUUUCAGGAUUACAGAGAUGAGAGUAAAGUGAACUUUAAAGAUUACUUGAGUAAGAUGAGGCAAAUGCCACAUUUUACUAAUAGUUCAAAAAUGAAAGAUCCCUUGAAGGUUCUGUCUUCUAUUAGGAAAAAUGUAGUUAAUCCUGGUGACUUUGUCUCCAUGAUGAAAAAACUGGGAAUUCCAUUAACCGAAGAACUGAUGGAAAGAGCAAUGAAGGAUAUGGCUGUCAGGGAGGAUGGGACAGUGAAUUUAGAAGAGCUUAUAAGUCAUUUGGUCAGUUCAGAAUUUCCAUCUGUACCUGAAAGUAAGAUUUUUAAAUUGAAUUUAGAUUGA